AUGUCGCUUUACUUUGAGGCUGCGGCUGUUCUCAGUGGGCCGUUGCACGCGGGCUCGCUCAAGUCGAGAGUCUACACAGGAAAGUGGAAGUCUCCUCCAGCCCAGAUUUACGCUCUGAUAGUCGAGGUCGCAAAGUACAACGAGUGCAUCAAGGAGGUCAUAGACAAUGCAGGCAUCCUGGCGCAUGAAUCAAAGUUAACUCCCGUUCUAUCGCUUCUACUCGUCCAUGACUUUCUACUGUCCAAGAGAGGCAUUGCAGCCCCCUCGAAUCAUCCCCUUCGCCUGGCUGUAGAACGCCACAAGUCUCGCCUCAACUCUGAACUUACGAAGUUGCGAGUUCGUCGAGGAUGCGCCUCAAAGGAGGAAUUGAAGCAUAAGCUGGUGCAGGACCAGCAGGUGAUGAAGACAUUCUCGCCUAGAUGGAUACGAAUAAAUAACGUGUUGACGACAUUGGAUCGUGAGAUGAAAAGUACUUUCGCUGGCUAUGAGUCUGUGAGUUCCUUAUCUGAGCUUGCGGAAGCUAUAGCAGAUGAGAAGAAGUACUGCUUGGACGAACACAUACCAGACCUUAUGGCCAUCAGUCGUGACAUCGACAUCACUUCUUCAUAUGCAUAUAAAGAAGGAAGACUUAUAUUACAGGACAAAGCUUCUUGUUUCCCCGCCUACUUGCUACUUGGGGACCAUCCGGGGCGGUGGAAGGGAGAUCUUAUUGAUGGCUGUGCCGCUCCGGGAAACAAGACAACCCAUCUCGCUUCGUUACUCUCUUCUGCGCCAGAGAAGCAAAAGAGUAGGGUAUUUUCUCUAGAUGCGUCCCACUCGCGAUCAAAGAUCCUGCAGACAAUGGUGAAAAAGGCCGGGGCAAGUAACAUAGUGACAGUUUUACCUGGGCAGGACUUUCUGGCCCUUGACCCGACUGACACGCGAUUUCAGCAUGUCACUGCUCUCCUGCUUGAUCCAAGCUGUUCAGGUAGUGGGAUUACGAAGCGUGAAGACGUCCCGCAACUCGACCUGCCUAAGUCAAAGUCUGAACUCACGCUUGCUACUACGGCCGGCGGCAAGGGGUCGAAGAAUCGAAAAAGAAAACGAGAGAACCCAGCGGAUUCAUCUUCACCAGGUUCUCCUACAACAGAAGCAAAAGAAGAUGAGAGUGAACGGCUAGCUAAGCUUGCCAAUCUGCAGAGCCAGAUCGUGGAGCAUGCAUUUGUCUUCCCAGCGGCUACCCGGGUUACUUACAGCACCUGCUCCAUACACCACGAGGAGAACGAGGAUGUCGUCGCUCGUGUGCUAGCCUCAUCUAUCGCAAAAAGCCGUGGCUGGAGACUUGAGUUACGGUCAGAGCAGGCAAGGGGCCUUCGGAACUGGCAUCACCGCGGGAUUUUACCUGACGGUACCUCAGAAAGCCCACCCCAGUUGUCUCCCGAACAGGUAGAGGCUUGCAUUCGAUGUUGGCCUGCAGGGGAUGAAGGCACUGGGGGUUUUUUUGUAGCGAUCUUUGUGCGGGAAGAAAUUGAGGGCAAAGUAGGAGGUGAUGAAGACAACGACGAAGAAUAUGAUGAUGUCUGGGAGGGCUUCAGUUCUAGUUAG